AUGUUUCGACGUUUCGGUGAACGAAAUUACCGAAGUGAAAGUCCCGAGUUCAACAACUCCUUUGGGUCGAUCUCAUUGUCUACUCCCAGCGACACGACUCUGUCAAGUAAUGCUGCCGACUUGUCCAACUCGUCCGAAUUCAAUUUUUCUCCAGAAGUGGAAACAUCGACCGAAUGUUCCAAGGAUAACCGAAUUCUAGACAAAUCUGAGAUCGCCAUGAUUGAAGCAACAGUAUGCAACAAGCUGAACACAAUCGUAAAUCUGGUGUGUGAAUUUUCGACUGAUGCCCUCGGAUUGCAGGAAAGUGCCGAUGACUUACUGGACGAAUUGCAGUCAAAUAUUCGCCCAUACCUCAUCAGUCUUGACAUUGAAAUGUGCUCAGCCGAAGCCAUACUUCGCUACAAUAUAGACCGAUCAAAAAUCCACGAAUCUCGAGUCGACUGGCUGCUUACCUACACGAAAUAUCAGAAGGAAAUGAGACGAGUUCUCAGUGAACUGGCUGGUCCGGUCUAUGACGAUCUCGAAGACAGCUUAGAACUAAAAAAAAGAGGAUGCAUUUCUCGCCGACCAUGCUCGACGACGAUCGACAACCUCCAGGAGAUGCGACGAGGCAUGCAACGGGCCGUAGCAGCCCUCUGUGGCGGCUCUCGGUCCGUUGCCUGA